GUAUUUUAUUGUAAAUAAAUAAAAACGUCCACUGCCAGGAACAAAUCCUGCAAUCCGACGAAAGUGCGAAUGUCUGCAUUGGUUAAGAGCAUGUCUAAGUUCCGACUGGCAGUGAUCCAAUUACAUGUGACAAAGGUCAAAGCCGACAACCUGUCGAGAGCGCGGGGUCUGGUCAAAGAAGCAGCCAGAGAGGGGGCUAAAAUCGUGGUCUUACCUGAGUGCUUCAACUCACCUUAUGGAAGCAGCUUCUUCCCUGAGUAUGCAGAGAAGAUCCCUGGAGAGUCCAGUCAGGUUCUGUCUGAGGUAGCCAAGGAGAACAGGGUGUUCCUGGUCGGAGGGUCUCUCCCUGAAGAGGACACAGGGAAGCUGUAUAACACGUGUCCAGUCUUCGGUCCCGACGGCGGCCUGUUGCUCAAACACAGGAAAAUUCACCUGUUUGACAUCGAUGUCCCAGGGAAGAUCCGUUUCCAGGAGUCUGAGACACUGAGUCCAGGCAGCAGUCUGUCAGUGUUUGAAACGCCCUACUGUAAGGUGGGAGUGGGGAUCUGCUAUGACAUGAGGUUUGCAGAGCUGGCACAACUCUACACCAAGAAGGGCUGUCAGCUGUUGGUUUACCCUGGAGCCUUCAACAUGACCACAGGACCAGCCCACUGGGAGCUGCUGCAGAGAGCCAGGGCGCUUGAUAACCAAGUUUACGUGGCCACCGCUUCCCCUGCCAGAGAUGAAGCCGCCUCCUACGUGGCCUGGGGUCACAGUAGUGUUGUUAACCCCUGGGGUGAGGUUCUCUCCAAGGCUGGGUCAGAGGAGGCCAUUGUUUAUGCAGACAUUGACCUGGAAUAUUUGGCUGAUGUCCGUCAACAGAUCCCCAUCAAUACCCAGCGUCGCGCUGACCUCUACACAGUAAAAGCUGUGCAAGAAGAAUGACCACAACCCAGUGAAAAAUACCAGGAGGGACUUAGAAUCUCUGAUCUAUAUGCUAUGAGAGACAUUGAGAUAUAAGUCUGAGCUAUUCAGUAUCUGCUACAUUUCACAACCCAAAUGAUGUGAAAGACUUUGUUAGUAUGGAAGCAGAUGGACGGAGAGGACAACUUGACUAAAACAUUAUUAGUGCCUAGAUGAUUCAUUAAUCAUGAGUCAGUAAAUUCUGUCAGAAAAAUUAUUAAUGAUUCACAGAGCUUGGAUUGAUUGGGAUAUACAUACAAAAAUAUAUUUUAAUUUAAGAAAACAUUUUUUGGAAACAGAUUAAACAAAUACAUAUUGUAUUG